AACGAAGUCGCGUAGAUAGAACAUGGUGAAGAUGGAUACUUUUGAGUCUUCAAUAGAGGAUUCUUCACUCAAACUAGAGAAUGUCAAGCUUUAUUUUGGACAAGAAUGCGCAGGAAGUGGAAAACUUAGUAUAUCGGAUGAGAACAUUACAUGGGGAAAAGAAGGUGUUAGUGAAACUGUCACGCUGGAAUACCCAUUUAUUUCUGUCCAUGGUAUUUCAACAGACACAUCAAGCUUUCCUUACCAGUGUGUUUUCUGUCUCCUGGAUACAGAAUUGCCAGGAAAUCUGAUGAAUCAAGAGGAUUCAGAAAGUAAGGAAGUAAGAAUAGUUCCUGAGGAUAGUACAGUUUUGCAAAAGAUAUAUGAUUACAUAGCUGAAGGACAAAGAAAUCACCCUGAUCCUGACGAGGAAGAAGAGGAGUAUGAUGAUGAUGAUAUGCAAGGAGAAUUCUAUGGAGAAGAUUGUGAAAAUGUCGAUAAUAUUGAGUUAUCGGAGGAAGGACAGGCAGUGUUGAACCGACUUGCCCAGAAUAUGAGCAUGCCAUCACAAGAAGAAUUUGCUGCAUUAAUCAAACCAAAUGGACAUGAAAAUAAUGGGCAAUUUGACGAUGCAGAAAGUUAAGAGAAAUUGUUGCCGGGAAGACGUUUAUUGUAGCCAACAGCUGACGGCGGGUUAGUGACCAAUGGGGCAAAAUUUUGAUGGACUUUGGUAUCUAUUAGUGUGUCUGGCACAUUUUCUAUAAAUGUAAACAAAAUGCGAAAAUGGUAGCAACACGACACAGAGCAUACACGAAUACCUACAGUAGACUUCGUAUCUGGUUUUAGACAUCGUGUUCAAGGACAUUCGCAAGAAGAUAUCAGUCAGGACAGAUCAGUAGAGUAAUUGUGUAUGGCAUCUAUCUGUUUUCUGAAGCUCAUUUGCUGUACAAUACAGUUUAUUUAGUA